AUUAUACAAAAUUAUUUUCUAGAUGAAACUAAAAAAACUCUGAUCAACGGGGAGGCCCCUUGUAACAGAUCUCGGAUAAUGGUCAUUGGUCCGGCUGGGGUUGGCAAGACAAGUCUUAUCCGUCGACUCACUGGACAGGUUUUUAAUCCAGCUGAAAAAACUACCAAGGGUACGGAACAGAACAUUGUAUCUAAGAGCGCAGUAAGCAGCUGGAAAACAGUUGGAAAUGAGAAAGAUGCCAGAGAUGAAGUAGCAGAAAGCUUAGCAUCGUGUAAACGUCAAGCCAUAGAUCAGGGAUCUAAAGGGGCUGAAGAACAACAACAGGUUGCAAGAAGCACAGGAUUUGGAGAGCUUCCAUCAGGGGAAUGUCAACGUAUAGGCAUUGGGAAGUGGAUGACCCAAGCUUCCUGCUGCUUCAUCGAUGACAUCACCCCUUCAAAGAUGAACUUUCCAGACCCCUAA